AUGUCUUAUAAUAGGCUUCUCGAACAAGCCCAGACACCAGUGUAUGACGAUUGUCCAGUUUCAGUUUUAAGUGUCAUCAUGUCACAGAUGCAUUUGAAAGUAAAGCACAGAACGAGUAAUGAACAUUAUGGAGACUAUUCAAAGUUUAUCAAAACUUUGCUUCCUCCUGUAAAUAGACUUCUUGAGAGUCAUUAUAAGACAAAAAAGAUCUUGGGCGACCUCGGCCUUGAUUAUGUGAAGAUCCAUGCCUAUAAGAAUAAUUGUGUGCUCUUUUACGGAGAUUACAAGCAUGCUAUUUACUGUCCCAUUUGUAAUGGGUCGAGGUAUGAUGAUGAGGCUUCUUCAGAUAAAGGGAAACUUGUUCCUGUGAAGAUGCUUCGUUAUUUCCCGUUAACUCCAAGAUUGCAGUGUUUGUAUAUGUCAUCAGAGAUGCAGAUCGAGGAGAUGAGAUGGCACGGUCUUCUUAAGGAAGAUGACGGUGUUCUGAGACACCCCUCAGAUGGGGAGGCUUGGAAAUCUUUUGACGCAUCAUUUCCUGAUUUUGCGGAAGACGUUCGAAAUGUAAGGCUCGGACUAGCAACAGACGGGUUCAAUACUAGCGGCAAUAUGACUCUGUCUCAUAGUAUUUGGCCUGUUAUUUUAAUGCUGUACAACUUACAACCGUGGAUGUGUAUGAAGAAGGAAUAUAAUUUUCUGGCAUUGUUAAUUCCAGGUCCCAAUUCUCCGGAAAAGUGUCUAGAUGUGUAUUUGAGACCGUUGAUUAAUGACCUAAAAGAAUUAUGGGAAAAUGGAAUCCCCACUUUUGACAGACAUAGUAAAACUUCAUUUAGGAUGAGAGCAGUCGUGAUGUGA